AUGGCGAAGCCUGAAACCCAAGUAAUCUUUGCGUUUAAUGAUUCAAACGCCACGAAGGACAAUGAGCUUUUCUGGCAAAAAACAAACGAAUUGUAUCAGAGAUUUGUAACUAGCUUUGGUGUUGACCACGUCUUCUUAGUUUCGUUUGGCACUGGUUCCGAGGAGAUUACCCCUUCUCAGUUUAAUGCAAUGGUCAAGCGAAAAUCUGGUAAUAGUGGUGGAUAUCGUAUGGACAGCUUAUCCAAAUACUUAGUCAACACCAACUUAAAGGAUAAGGAAAGCACCAAAUUAGUUGUUGUGCUUGAUGGCCCAGGUGUUGGGAUUACUGACGCGAAAGUGAUGAUGCAAAAAGUUGGGAAAUUAGCAAGCACUGAAGUGUUUGCCAUUGGGAAUAAAGGGUUUGAUGGAGCGCAGCCCUUUUUGACACAAGAAGGGAGUAAGUUGUAUCAAGUGACUGCCUCUGAGGAAAAGUUAGUAUUAGAGACCAGCCAGAAUGAUCGCACAACUGUUUUGGGUAUUGAGAAAAUGUCAAUUAAACAGUUUUUGGACAACUUUGAUCGAAUUAUUAAUUACAUUAAAAAUCCAUGGCUUUAUGGUCACGACCAAUAUCAAACUGUUGGUGCUAUUAAAAACAAUGACGAGCUCAAAGGGAUUAUUAUGAAAGAAAAGAGUCGACUUCUCUUUGAAUACGGUAAAAUGAAUAAAGGAAAUGUCGAGGUACAAUUACUCGAAUGCAUAAAGAAGAGCGACUUUGAUGGAACAAUUCCUGUGAUGCAAGAACUCGUUGAAAAGUAUUACAAAUCAGUCAACUCCAAAACUGAAGAACUUUCUAUUGAAGAGAAGAUCGACUACUUGAUUAAGUUGUGCGGAGGCCAAGAAGUUAAUAACUUUGAAAUGGACGGCGUUCGAGCUGGGAGAGCUGCACGCGCCAAAACUGCUGAAAAUGAUAAUUUGGAUGAUGUUGAUGAUGAUACCAUUACUGAUGCGCAAUCACAAGGAAUUAAAGAACUUGUUGAAUGUCCAUUGUCUGGGGAACAAGAUGUUGGAUUGUUAUUGAUUACUAAAAAUAGCAUCUUAGAUGGGAUUCCUAAGAACAUAGUGAAUAAGGUGAUUAACUGCCCGAUGACUUUAAUUAACUUCCCGUCAUUAAAAGAACGAAUUGUUGGAGCUUUAGGUGGAUUAGUCGGGUUGAAGAGCUUCAAAGAGAGUGCGAUGACAGAGUCUCCACUUAAUGGUGAAACAGUGUUGGGUGGUAUUUUGCUCUCUUCGAAUGAGAAAAUGCAGAAGGUCAAUAAACGUGCGAUUGCCAAAAUGUUCACCAACGGGAAAUUGUUGGGGGCGCCUGUUUAUUACUUGAUUGCAAUUCUUCAGACUAUCAAAGAACUUGAUGAGUACCAACAAGUUGUUUUGCCACUGAAGCAAUUGAUUCUUGAAAUGAUGAAAACGUCUCAUACCUUUGCUUCAUUGUCUGGUAUGGUCUCAUACGUCUCUACGCCACUUCGAACGGAUGUUGCAUUUUGGUUUAUUGUCCACAGUUGCCUGAUCAAGAUCCCACCAGCGAACAGUCCAUUUAUACUUCACUUAGAAGAGAUGCAGAGUAUUAUAGAUUGCUUGGAAUUACUCGAAUACCCUAUUGAUGAGAGAGCACGCAAACAAUAUAAACGGUUUGUCGCAAUACAAGUGCUGCACAGAAUGAAGUAUAUCAACUCGGACACCGCACAUUGCUUCAUGAGAGCGCUCUAUCAAAAGGCUUUGUUCCUUGACAAAUCUAAAAUUAAGGCAGUGGUCGCUCAAAAGGAAUUUUACAUGCCUUUUGUCUUUGUUGACGGUGCAGCAGACAAAGCUCAAGUCGACCACGUCUUGAGUCUCUUAAACCCUAUUUUCAAGGAACUUACUAUCGAAGAGAUCUUAGCGUUGGAUACUUUAUCACACGAAAAGUGGAGAGUAAAUGGCACCGAACUUCCACUUGAUCUUCCCGUAGUCAAAUGUACACCUGACACUCUUUGGGAGGGACUUAAGGCUGGGGCGUAUACCCUCGAUGUUGAAAAAAUGAAGAAGAAGUUUGUCAAAAAAUAUGGGUUUGAGCCUGUACGUGAAGAGUUUUUGUUGUUCUUGUCGAAGAGAGUCAAGCUUCAAACACUCCCAGAACAUAUAGCAGAGACUAAGUGA